AUGUCUUUUCGCGAUCUUUGCAAUUAUAUCGUUAUUGACUCUGACGUCGCUCCUGGUCCGAAUCCUUGGCCAAUAAUUGGCAACUUGGAUAUAAUAGGACGCUUUGAAAAUCCUUUUCAAGGAUUUGGAACAUUAGCGGAACAAUAUGGAGAUAUUUACAGCCUAACUCUUGGACACACUCGCUGCCUAAUCGUGAACAAUUUGGAUUUGAUACGGGAGGUGCUCAACAAGAAUGGAAAGUUUUUCGGAGGACGACCUAAUUUCCUGCGCUAUGAUAAACUGUUUGGAGGUGAUCGUAACAACUCUCUUGCCCUUUGUAACUGGUCACAAUUGCAACAAAAGCGAAGAAAUUUAGCACGAAGACAUUGUUCCCCGAAGGAAUCAACCUCGUACUUCACCAAGAUGUCAACCGUGGGCUGCAUUGAGAUCGAUCAUUUAAUGGAAAGGUUGAAGAAUGAAAUCGUGCCUGGACAACCCAUCGAUGUAAAACCUAUUAUAAAUGCAGCAUGUGCAAAUAUGUUUUACCAAUAUAUGUGUUCAAUGCGGUUUGAUUAUGAUGAUGUGGAAUUUAAACAAUUUGUGAGAUUCUUCGAUGAAAUCUUUUGGGAGAUAAACCAAGGCCAUCCAUUGGACUUCCUGCCAUGGCUAUUACCAUUUUACACUGGUCACUUGAAUCGGAUAAGCUAUUGGUCCAAAACAAUACGUAAAUUUAUUCUGGAUCGGGUUGUCAAUGAAAGAGAGCUCAAUGUGGAUCCUGAUGAACCCGACACCGACUUUACGGAUGUUCUGCUAAAAAGUUUAGUAGAGAACAAAAACAUGUCCCGCAAUACGAUUAUUUUUAUGUUGGAGGACUUUCUUGGUGGUCACUCAGCUGUUGGAAAUUUGGUAAUGCUAGCUCUUGCUUAUAUUGCCCAGAAUCCAAAUAUUGGUACGAAAAUUCAGUAUGAAGUGGAUAUAAUUUCAAAUAACGGGGAACGAAGUAUUAAUCUAUCAGACAUGUCUGAAAUGCCUUACACAAUGGCAACCAUAUUCGAAGUCCUUCGUUACUCAUCCUCUCCCAUUGUACCCCAUGUGGCUACGGAGGAUACAGCUAUAUCUGGAUUUGGAGUAACUACAGGUACCAUUGUGUUUAUAAAUAACUAUAUACUGAACAAGGGACCACAAUACUGGAGUAAUCCUGAUCAAUUUUACCCUGAUCGGUUUCUGGAAGAGAAGAGUACAGUUAAAAAUAUGAAAGAAGACAAUAGGAGUUCGGAAAACGAACCGACCAAAUUUCAACUGAGAAAAAAUCUUUCACAUUUUCUGCCAUUUAGUAUCGGAAAGCGCACUUGUAUUGGACAAAAUCUGGUCCGAGCAUUUGGUUUUAUUUUGCUAGCAAACAUUUUAAUGCGCUAUAAUAUAAAAAGUCAUGAUCUUUCAACAAUUAAGAUAAAGCCAGCCAGCUUAGCAUUACCAGCAGACUGUUUUUCUUUGUUAUUAUCACCAAGAAUAUGA